CAAAAUGAUGAUAAAAACCACGUUUUUCAAUAUCUACUGUUUUUCUGACCAAAAUACUGGCGUUUUCUUGUCUGAAUACUGAAAUACUAACUGUAUAAAACGAAGGGGCGAUUCAGUGAUGUCCAUUAUGCAUCUGUCUCGUAUAAAAAUGUGGUUUCCGCAUUAUUAAAGAGAUAUUUUGUGUCAAAUUGUUUUGAGCAUGGACGGCGCUGUGGUAUUGCAAGCUUUAACAAAUGCCUGCAGUCAAGAUCCCAGUGUGCUCAAGACUGCUGAAGAACAGCUGAAAUCCUUGGAGACUCAGCCAGGAUUUUAUAAUGUUUUAUUGGUAUGAUGCAGUAAAAAUAUUUAAGAUUAACAGUGAUAUAUGUGUGAUAUAGUGUGAUAGUAUAUGGUAUGUACAAUAUCGAGAUUUCGUUGGCAUCACUCUCGAUUCAAUAGUAGUUGAGGGGUCUUGUAGAUGGAACUUAUUUUGUGCAAAUUUAUAUUCUAAUAAAUGUAUAUAAUUUUCCACUCAAUAUUUUCCGUCUGCAAGAAAAACUCUCCAAAUGUCGAACUACCUACAAUACUGCAGGCUAUUCUGGCCCGUGCAAUUUGGGUCAUUCCAGUAAACAUCCAUUCUUUCCUCACGAAGGAAAAUGGAAGUUAAAUUAACCCCCUACCCCAGAAACGACAUUUUCCCCCGUCCCCUUAGGAUGGCAGAAAUUUCCAGGGGCGGCACUAGAGGGCAGGUAUGGGGCGUGGAACACCCCCUCCCGGUCGUCAGGUAGUUGGUAAAUUAUUAUAUCCGACUCGGCCAAUUGUUUUCCCAGUCAACAAAACAUUAAGGGAAUUGAAAGAGAGACUGCGAUAUUAUGUCUGGAAAAAAAUGUUUACCCCCAAACAAAAAUUCAGUAUUCGAUCAAAGCUCAUCAAAUGUAAAUGAGGUAUUUCCAAUCGAAAACAAUUUAAAGGUAGUAUAUAUUCAUCUAGCAGCUAUAUUUCGAUUUCUAGUCCUUAUACAGAAAUCAUGAAGUGAAUCCAAAUGUGAGAUGGUUAGCAGUGGUCUGUCUCAAAAAUGGCGUGGAUAAAUAUUGGAGAAAAUCUGCUCCCAAGUAAGAGCUUGUUAUAGAAGUACAUCUUAACUAGACACAUGGGCAGAUAAUUCUGAAUGACCUAUAAACAUCUGGUUCCAAAUAUCACAAUUCACAAGCAUCAUUUAGAAGCAAGUGCAAUUAUUAUAGCAUUAGCAUGCAAUCAAUAUAGCAAGCAAUAUGACUGAUUCUGUACAAUGCACGCCAAGGACAAAUAAAAAUAAUAGUUGGUUUCAUGUUUUCGACUAGACUUGUUCCAAGUCUCUCUUUCAUUGUCAUAUAGUAUCGAUCCACUAUAGUGUACAUAUUACAUGAUGUAGCACGGAGAGGCGGAGCGAGAAAGAGAGACUUGUCAACUUCGGAAAAUCUCGGUUCAAAACUGAACCGAAACCCCCCGCACCCCCCCCCCUAGCUACGCCCCUGGGAAAAUGCACCACCUUUGAGCCAAAGUGGUGCAUUUUUCCGCAUGUAAUACUAAAAUACUCAAAAUUUGCUAAUUUCACAGGGCUACCGUAUAUAUUUUCGUAUUUUACAACAUUUUGCAACCAAACUUUGCAAUUUCACUAAUUUUAGCAUGCUCUUUUGAGCUAUAUUAUUAUAAAUAUGGUAGAUAAACAAUUAGUCGAUAGCUAGAAUCAUCCAAUGGAUAAGACUCGCUACCAAUCCCUGUUGUCGACUCGAUAGCUCAAUGACAAAGGGUGCAGCGGCAUUCUACAAACUCGAAAAUGUGACUUUGAAUCCUGCUUUUCCUUAUUCUAUCUGGAGCAUUAUAAGACUUUUUGACAAUUUUUGAAAAGAAUGCCCAUUUUGCUGAAGCUUUUGUACAUAGUAUUAUACGUGCAUAGUUGGGGUAUUUUCUGCGUAAUCUUUUUUUGUUCCGUUAAUAUCGGAGCCUGAAAAAAACUGCUCUGAUACAAAAAAGUGCACCAAACUAGCCUACAAUUACAUCUCAAAUUACCCUGAUUGUGCUUAUGCUGUAUCAACACUAAAUGUUCAAUACUACUUAGUGCAUUAUCCGAUGAAGAAAAGAUAGAGAUAAAAGGACAAUUGUUGUUAUCAUUUAAUGAACCAGUUUCACAGG